AUGGCAAACGGAAACGUCACCGACGCGAAUGGUUUCGUAGACGCGCUCGAGAACGCACUCUCGAUCAACCGAUUAGCAGUAAGGAUUCCACCAUUCAACGCUACGGAUCCAGAGCUAUGGUUUUCCAUGGUGGAGACCAGUUUCGGAGCAGCAGGCGUAACAACGGACAGCACCAAGUUCGGGUACGUCGUAGGCGCGAUGGAUCCGAAAUUUGCUCAAGAGGUGCGUGAGAUCAUCGUCAACCCUCCGCCUCACAACGCGUACACUACGCUCAAGACAGAGCUCAUCAAGAGGCUCAGCUCGACACAGGAGCAGAAAACUCGACGGCUGCUGGAGAGCGAGGAUAUCGGGGAUAGGAAGCCAUCCCAAUUCCUUCGACACCUACGCUCUUUGGCAGGGACCGCGGUACCUGAUAGCGUACUUCGACCCUUAUGGCUAGGACGGCUGCCUGUUAACAUGCAGGUGAUCCUCGCGACACAGCGUGACGCUGAGCUGGACAAAGCAGCGGAACUCGCGGAUGCGGUCGCGGAAACGUCUAACCCGCGCGUGAGUAUCUCGGAGGCAGCGGUAACUUCGCCGACAAAUACGAUUGUGGAACAGAUGCAGCAAAUGAUGCAGAUGUUCCAACAACAGAUCGUGAACCUGCGGCUCGACAUUUCCGAAUUAAAAACAUCGUCCGGUGGAAGCAUAAACAGGCGAGAACAACGCACGCGGUGGCGCUCGCGUUCACGUUCACAAUCCCGCGGUCACGGGAGAAACGGACUAUGUUGGUACCAUUGGAGGUACAGUGCCGACGCAAAGAAGUGUGAACAACCGUGCAACUUUACCUCGGGAAACGCGGGGGGCAGUCGUUAAUGGCAACUGACGACACCUGCCCCAUAAUCUCACGCCGUAUAUUCAUUUCCGAUGCAGCUUCGAAGGUGCAGUUUUUGGUCGACACAGGAGCCGACCUCUGUGUCUUUCCCCGGACGCUUCUACGGGGACCGCGAGAGAAGUCCACUUACGAACUUUUCGCGGCGAAUGAUUCACCCAUCGCAACUUACGGCACGAUAACUAUGACCCUCAAUCUAGGGCUCA